AUGUUAACUGGUGAUUCAUUAUGGGGGAAGUGGAUUAAAGAAAGGUUACUUAAGGGGAAAAGUUUCUGGGAAGUGAAGGUUAAAACGCAUAUGGGCUCUUGGAUGUGGCGUAAGAUGUUGAAGUUGAGAGGAGUGGCUAAAUCGUUCUAUAUGAAGGAGUUGGGGAAUGGGAGGCAUACGUCCUUUUGGUUCGAUAAAUGGUCAGAGAAGGGGGUGCUCUCUGAUUUAUUAGGUGAGCGGGGCAUUAUUGAUUUGGGUGUAGCUAAGAAUGCGACGUUAAUGAAGAUAUCAGUCUCUGGAAGGGGAAGUCAAGAUAUCGGUGAGAAGUUUAAGACUAGUGAAACUUGGGAGUUGUUGAGGGUUUCCAAACCCCAGUGUGCUUGGGGUAGAGGGAUCUGGUUUCCUCAGGCUACUCCUAAAUUUGCUUUUAUAUCUUGGCUUGCGGUGCUCAACAGAUUAUCGACUUUGGACAGAGUUGCAGUAUGGAGCCAGGGGGUGGAUACAACCUGUCUACUUUGUCAAUCUGCUACUGAGUCAAGAAGCCAUUUGUUUUUCGAGUGUUCCUACUCGGGGAAGGUGUGGGAGAAAAUGGUUAAAGGCAUAUUAGGGAACGAGUUCACUAAUGAUUGGGUUGGGAUUGUGGGGCUCAUUUCUGAUGCGACAAGAGAGAAGAAGUCUUUGUUCUGUAUCAGAUAUGCUCUUCAGGCGGUGCUGUAUGCAGUCUGGCGUGAGAGAAAUAAGGUAAAGCAUGGUGGAAAGCUAAUGCCGUUACCGAUUCUGCAGAAACUGGUUGAUAAAGGGAUUAGGAACAAGAUCAGUGUAUUGAGAAUGAGGGGAGUAAGAGAUAUGGAGUUGCUGAUGCAGUUUUGGUUCCAAACUAAAUUAUAA